CUGCGUCGCCACUUGCAGGUGUCAGCUGCCCCGCCCCUCCUCCCUCCGCCUUAAAGGGGUCGCGUCUCCCGGGGCCUCCCAGGGGCAUCGACGGGACCCGUGAGGUCUCCUUGGUCGUGGUGCGGGAAGUGGGCAUCCCGAGUCCUAAUCCUGCCCUUCUGGCGUGGUGUGGCUCAUUCGGCCUCAGUUUGCACGGUCUGAGAAGUGGGGACGCCCUGAUUUCCUGACGCUAAGGCAAGCGCUCAGGGCAUUUUCUAGGCCCGGGGAGGGGGCGGGGGCGCACCCCGGAGGAGCCGCUUCGCCCACCGGUUUCUCAAACGCCGGUCCGCCCCACCCCCACGAUGACCACCCACAUUCUCUUGCUGUUGCUCGUCGCCUCCUCCAUCCUGGGGGACCCGGACUCGGCGGGCAGGCGGCCCCAGCCCCAGGUCUCCCAGCAGCGCGGGCGCCUCUGUUCCCUGGGCACGUGCCAGACCCACCGCCUGCCAGAGAUCAUAUACUGGCUCCGGUCUGCCUCCACCAAAGAGCCCUCAGGGAAGGCUGGCCGCAAGCCUCAGGAUCCCCACAGCUACGGGCGCCGCCGGCGGCGCGAGGCCAGAAUCCCUCUACGUCUCCAGGACCCCAGCCUGCGGCAAGGCCAGCGCAGUGCCCAGCUCGCUGGGUGAUGCUGGGCACAUCUCUGCUCGUCCCCUGGCUUCAGUUUACCCAUCGUGUAUUGGGGCUGUGACCUCAAGUUUCAAGAUCCCCUAA